AUGGACAACAACCCCUACGCCGACGUCCUGGACUUCGGAGGCAAACGGGCCGUGGAACUGGGUACGGGCUGCGGCGUGGCGGGCAUGGGCCUGUUCCUAUUGGGCUUAACGGACUUGGUCCUCACUGAUAUCGCGCCCGUGAUGCCGGCCCUGAAGCGCAACCUGAAGGUGAAUAAGCGCAUCCUCCGCAAGACCCUUUCUACAUCAGAUGGGGGUAAAUGA